GCAGGAGGCCGCCCCAUGGAGCGCUCCCCCGAGGAAGAGGGCGCUGGCCCCGGGCCCGCGGAGCAGCCCCCUGCCGCCGACACCACGGGGGACCCGGGCUCCGGGGUCCCACCCGCUGGCCCAGGCGCCGCGAGCGAGGCGCUGGCGGUGCUGACUUCCUUCGGGCGGCGCUUGUUGGUGCUGGUGCCCGUGUACCUGGCCGGGGCGGCCGGGCUUAGCGUGGGUUUCGUGCUGUUCGGCCUCGCCCUCUACCUGGGCUGGCGCCGGGUCCGCGAUGGGAAAGAACGGAGCCUGCGGGCGGCGAGGCUGCUGCUGGACGACGAGGAGCGGAUCACGGCGAGGACGCUUUACAUGAGCGAGCGGGAAUUACCUGCCUGGGUCAGCUUCCCAGAUGUGGAAAAGGCUGAAUGGCUGAACAAGAUUGUGGCCCAGGUGUGGCCCUUCCUAGGCCAGUAUAUGGAGAAGCUCCUGGCUGAAACCGUGGCACCAGCUGUCCGAGGCGCUAACCCCCACCUGCAAACAUUCACAUUUACUCGAGUGGAGCUGGGUGAAAAGCCAGUACGCAUCAUCGGAGUCAAGGUUCAUCCUAGUCAGAGGAAAGAUCAGAUUCUCUUGGACUUGAAUGUCAGCUAUGUAGGCGAUGUGCAGAUCGAUGUAGAAGUAAAGAAAUACUUCUGCAAGGCAGGAGUCAAGGGCAUGCAGCUACACGGCGUCUUGCGGGUGAUUCUUGAACCGCUCACAGGGGACCUUCCUAUUGUGGGGGCUGUGUCGAUGUUCUUUAUCAAACGCCCGACACUUGACAUCAACUGGACAGGGAUGACCAAUCUGCUGGAUAUCCCAGGACUUAGCUCGCUCUCCGACACCAUGAUCAUGGAUUCUAUCGCUGCCUUCCUGGUGUUGCCUAACCGCCUAUUGGUGCCCCUCGUACCUGACCUUCAGGAUGUGGCCCAGUUGCGCUCCCCGCUACCCAGGGGUAUCAUUCGGAUUCACCUUCUGGCGGCCCGAGGGCUGAGUUCCAAGGACAAAUACGUGAAAGGCCUGAUUGAGGGCAAAUCAGACCCAUACGCGCUUGUCCGUGUGGGCACCCAGGCAUUCUGUAGUCGUGUCAUCGAUGAGGAGCUCAACCCUUACUGGGGAGAGACCUAUGAAGUAAUAGUGCACGAGGUCCCAGGACAGGAGAUCGAGGUGGAGGUAUUUGACAAAGAUCCAGAUAAAGAUGAUUUUCUGGGAAGAAUGAAGCUGGAUGUAGGGAAGGUAUUACAGGCUGGAGUCCUGGAUGAUUGGUACCCUCUACAAGGCGGGCAAGGCCAAGUUCAUCUGAGGCUAGAAUGGCUAUCGCUUUUGCCAGACGCAGAAAGACUGGAUCAGGUUCUACAGUGGAAUAGGGGCAUCACUUCUCGACCAGAGCCCCCAUCAGCUGCCAUCCUGGUUGUCUACUUGGAUCGGGCCCAGGAUCUCCCUCUGAAGAAGGGAAACAAGGAACCCAACCCCAUGGUACAACUGUCAGUCCAGGAUGUGACCCAGGAGAGCAAGGCUACCUAUGGCACCAACUGCCCGGUAUGGGAAGAAGCCUUCCGAUUUUUCCUGCAAGACCCUCGAAGCCAGGAGCUUGAUAUACAGGUGAAGGAUGACUCCAGGGCUCUGACAUUAGGGGCACUGACUCUGCCUCUGGCUCGCCUGCUGACAGCCUCUGAACUCACCCUGGACCAGUGGUUCCAGCUCAGCGGCUCAGGCCCAAACUCCAGGCUCUACAUGAAACUGGUCAUGCGGAUCUUAUACUUAGAUUCUUCAGAAAUCAGCUUCCCCACCGCACCUGGGGCCCAGGACCUGGACAGUGACAGCCCCCAGACAGGAAGCAGUGUUGAUGUCCCACCUCGGCCCUGCCACACAACUCCCAGCAGCCACUUCGGGACUGAGAGUGUUCUUCGGAUCCAUGUGUUAGAGGCCCAGGACCUGAUUGCCAAAGAUCGUUUCCUGGGGGGGUUGGUGAAGGGCAAAUCCGACCCCUACGUCAAGCUGCAGGUGGCAGGACGAAGCUUCCGGAGCCAUGUUGUCAGGGAGGAUCUCAAUCCCCGCUGGAAUGAGGUUUUUGAGGUGAUUGUCACAUCGAUCCCAGGUCAAGAGCUUGAGAUUGAGGUCUUUGAUAAGGACUUGGACAAGGAUGACUUCCUGGGCAGGUAUAAAGUGAGUCUCACCACAGUCCUCAACAGUGGCUUCCUUGAUGAGUGGCUGACCCUGGAGGAUGUCCCAUCCGGCCGCCUGCACUUGCGCCUGGAGCGUCUGACCCCUAGACCUACUGCUGCUGAGCUGGAAGAGGUACUGCAGGUCAACAGCCUGAUCCAGACUCAGAAGAGCUCAGAGCUGGCAGCGGCCCUGCUGUCCGUCUACUUGGAACGGGCAGAAGAUCUGCCGCUCCGGAAAGGCACCAAGCCUCCCAGCACUUACGCCACUCUUACAGUAGGAGAGGCAUCCCAUAAAACCAAGACUGUUCCCCAAACGUCAGCCCCUAGCUGGGAGGACAGUGCCUCUUUUCUCAUCAGGAAGCCACAUGCGGAGAGCCUGGAGCUUCAGGUUCGGGGUGAAGGGGCCGGCACCCUGGGCUCCCUGUCGCUGCCUCUCUCCGAGCUCCUCCAGGCAGACCGACUCUGCUUGGACAAAUGGUUUGCACUCAGUAAUGGCCAGGGCCAGGUGCUAAUGCGAGCACAACUAGGGAUCCUUGUGUCCCAGCACUCAGGAGUGGAAGCCCACAGCCACAGCUACAGCUCUUCUUCAGUCAAUGAGGGAGCCGGGGCCUCAGGGGCUCCCAGCCACAACACCUCCCCAGUGCUGGAGGUCCGGCAUCGCCUACCGCAUGGUGACAGCCCCUCUGAGGCUCCCGUUGGGCCUCUGGGCCAGGUAAAGUUGACAGUGUGGUACCACAGUGAUGAACAAAAGCUGGUUAGCAUCGUCCACAGCUGCCGGGCCCUUCGACAAAAUGGCCGUGACCUCCCAGACCCCUAUGUGUCACUGCUGCUACUGCCAGACAAGAAUCGGGGCACCAAGAGGAAGACCGCACAGAAGAAGAGGACCCUCAACCCGGAGUUCAAUGAGCGGUUUGAGUGGGAGCUGCCCCUGGACGGCUCUCUCAGGAGAAAGCUGGAUGUCUCUGUGAAGUCCAAUUCCUCUUUCAUGUCUCGAGAGCGCGAGCUCCUGGGGAAGGUGCAGCUGGAUCUGGCAGAGAUAGACCUCUCCCAGGGUGCAGCCCAGUGGUAUGACCUGAUGGAUGACAAAGAUAAGGGCGGUUCCUAAGACCUGGUGACAGCCGGACUCUCCUGUCUUCUCGCCUUGCCUCUUGCCUCAGUGUGGUGAGCUGACAGCUAGGGCUCCAGAGCUGAGACCUUUUGCCUUCUGGGCCCAUAUCGGGGUCUUUGCCUGACCAAAGAGGAUCAUCUGUAACCUUUGCUGCACGGCCUUCACCCUUGCUCGGGCUCCUGGGGCAGGGGCCUAAGCUGGCUACUCCCUCUUCUGCCUGCUCCUCACCCUCCCUUCCCGACUCCUCAGGGCCUCAUGCACCUGUGCCUGGCUGGCCACUGGCAGUGGCACCAGAUCAUGCCAAAUACAGCUUUUGGAAAGCUUUUUUUUUUUUUUU